AUGUCUCAAAAGCGAUACUAUCCGCAACAACAACAAGAGCAAAGUUCACUAUUAUUAAGCUCACAUGAAGGCGAGUAUGCCACCUUCCAACCAACCCAUCAAAGAAAUACAAAACCCAAACAACCUCAGCGAACAACCAAAAUAUCUCAGAAGCUCAAAUUGUUUCCUGACAACGACGACGCUAGAACAGUGGAGGAAAACCUUUUCGAUGCAGAUGUCUAUACACAACUUGCUCAGAUACCUCAUAAUUCUGCUCGAGUUGAAGCAGAGAGAUUAAACAAAUUAGAUCGUAAUGAACUAUCUCGUGCAACUGCAUACUGCACUGCAUCUGUGUACACCCCUUUCACGCUGAAUCCAUUACCACCAUCCAAUAGAAACCAAAACAAUUUGACAAGUUCGACUGUAUUACCUGAGAUGUUUUUGUUUGAUUAUGGUGUCAUUGUGAUAUGGGGAAUGACAUUGGAAGAAGAAUUGACGGUUUUGAAGCACCUAGAGCCGUUUGAAGAAGAGAAACUUGAAGCGGAUGAUGUUGAAACAGAGGAAUUCCAUUAUUAUUACAACGAUUAUUAUCAGCCCCGUAUAUACAACGAUAUUAUCACUCUCAGACACCCCUCCAACUAUUUAGCCAAACUGACCAUCUCUCACGCCAUUGCACAAAGCGUCAAGAUGACCCUUUUUGAAAGACUGAUUGAUGAUACCAUUAACGAUACGAAAUAUAUACCUCAGGUCAUGGCAGAAAGUGGGAAUAUUCACAUGUCAAGAACUGCCAUUACCAAAAAAAUGGGCCAACUGUUCAUCAUGCGAAUCAAUGUGAAUCUAGUGUCCAAUAUUUUAGAUACACCAGAAAUCUUUUGGUCAGAACCCACCCUAGAGCCAUUGUAUAGCGCCAUCCGUAGUUAUUUGGAGAUUUCACAGCGUGUGGAAUUACUGAACCAGAGAGUAGAGGUCAUCAGUGAUCUGUUGGAAAUGCUAAAGGACCAUUUAAAUAGCUCUCAUGGCGAGUAUUUGGAAUGGAUUGUGAUUUGGCUCAUUGCCAUGGAAAUUUUGGUAGCUGUUAUUACCACUUCAUUAGAUGCGUUUAGCUUAUACUACAAUAAAGAAUCAUAG